AACAAGGCAGGGAAGUGGACUGAGGUCGCUUUGAGCCGGACGAGGACUUCAGAACCGGACGGCUGUGGGAGAACUUGAGCGGAGCGGGCCGAGCGGGACUACCUGAACAUGGAGAAUGGACAGACGGACACAGAGGAGAAGACGGAGGACAUGUCGGAAGAUGCAGAAAAAAACGUAGAAGAAGCUGGACUGGAGAUUGCUCAGCUGCAGGGCCUGGUGGCGGAGCUGCGCGAGGGGCUCCAGGCCGCUCUGACCGAGCUGUGCGAGCUCCGCCUGAGGGACCACGGUCUGGAGGAGAAGCUGCAGGCCCACCAGACCGACGUGGACGACAAGAUAAUGGGCCUCAAGAACUCACUCAACACAUUCAAGGAGGAGCUGAACGUGGCCUUGUUCCACAUUAAGGACGUCGCCAGCCGACAGAGAGACGUGCAGAGGAGGAUAGAGCUGCUGCAGUCAGAAAACUACAAAGAUGUCAUCUCUGCUCCACACAGCAGAAAAGGCUCCAAGGCCGACGUGCUGACGACAGCCGGGGACGAGCACAUCUGUACGCCCAGCCAAUCAGAGCUCAGCGUCAUCCAGCACUUCUUCUCCAACCUGCCGCACAGCGUGUCUCCACAGAGGAGCAGCACCUCCACACAGACGUCCAGCUCUGAGCAGGACGCUCAGCAGCAGCAGCAGAGAGGUUGUCCGUCCAGAUCUCCGGUGUGGGGGGACAGAAACAACGGCAGAGAAGAGACAGAGACGCCCAACAGCCAACCUGAAAACAAUAAGAGGCAGAGAGCGGCGCUGGAGCUGCUGGAGUCAGAGAGAGUCUACGUGUCUCAUCUGUCUCUGCUGCUGAAGGCCAACAUCUCCUUCAACGGAUCAGAAGCUCUCACCACCAAGGACAAACGUCCGUUUCCCAGCUCUCUGAGGUUUCUGAUCCAGCAGCACCUGGAGCUGCUCCACACUCUGCAGGAACGUGUGCUCAAGUGCCAGUGGCAAGGCAUCAUGGGAGAUGUGUUCAUGAGGCUCACCAGCAAAGAGAGCGAUUUCUUGGACUUCUACGUGUCCUACCUGAAGGAGCUUCCAGACUGCCUGGCGGUCGUCACCAUGCUCGCCUCCAGCUCCGUCAAGUCUUCUGCCUUCGUGGAGAGCGACAUCCUGGGCGACGAAUCCAAACCGUCCCUCCACACUUUGCUCCUUCAGCCGGUCCAGAGGAUCCCUGAGUAUCUGCUGCUGCUACAGGGGCUGCUCAGGCAGACAGAUGCAGAUCAUCCAGACUACUACCUGCUGCUGGUUUGCGUCCAGCAGUUCAGGUCCUUCACGGCUCAGUAUCACCACCUGCUGCAGCACAACCAGGAGCUGCUGCUGCUCAACCGCAAGGAGGUGAAGAGGUCCACCAUGAAACAGCUGCUGAAGACCGUAGAGAGUGGAGUCCAAGGAAACAACAUCGGCUCACCGUACCCCUGCAGCAGCGCAAUGCUCGAUCAUGCUAACCAAGUGAAGCGCAGAAAACAGUGUCUUCUGGAGCAGAUUCAGUCCCACCGUUUCCAGGACUGGGAUCGAGACCAAGAUCCUGAAGCUCAUUGUUACGACACAGAGUGGCCCUCACAGCUGCCACUCUUCAGCCCCGAUCUGGACUCAAGGAACCACAAACCAACAGGUCUUGGCAUCAUCCCAGAGAGUGAGGCGUCUGACAGGUCCAUGUCCUGCCAGCAUCAUCUUUCCUCCAGACCUGCAGAGUUUCGUCAGGUUCAGCCGGGCUCCGCUCUGGCCGACGCCCUCGGAGAGUUCCUCCUUCCUCCAGACCCUCCGGGGAUGGAGAGUCUCUACGAGGAGGACGGAGGCUCCCUUCACGAUGCAUCUUUGUUCGACCACUGCUCGUCCGCCUCUUCGGAUUCCUCCAUUGACAUUGCCUUUGUGAAGUGCCCCAAAGCCCCCUUGGCGUCGCAUCACGCGGUCGCAGCGAACGUGUCGACGACCCGCGACGUCUUUGGUAACGGUGGAAGCCAAGGGAACGGGUACAGCAAGCUCCCCAACCGGGGCUGCGUGUCUCCGGAUGAAGCUGUGAUGAUGCGCCGCUAUCAGCAUCGCCCCCUUCAAGCCAGCCAGCGUAAGAGCAAGUCGCUGAAUGGGCUGCAGCUUGAGAACACAGUGAACGAUAGCGGCCCUCUAUCGGACCACCUCCAAAGGGUGGGACUGGGCAGCCAUGCCAAGCUGGAGCGCCAGGGCAGUAAGGGCAGCAAAGGAAGUUCCACCCCGUCGCGAAAGGUCCAAACCCCCCUGACGAACCGAGUGGAUACCGACAAACAGAACCCAGAUCUACACGGGCUGCUCAGCAUUGACUCUGGGAUCCAGUCAUGGGGCGAUGAGUCAAAAUGGAGGACCGGAACGGAGGAGAACAACCACACCCAGUUCAGUGAGAGGAGUCGCAAGGACAAAGGAGGCUUCAGGAGCUCUUUCAAGAAGCUCUUCAAGAAGAAGACCGGCGAUGACAAGAAGGACAAGGGAGGUGAGAAAACACCAGAACACCAAAACAACGGCGAUCACGAGAAAAGUUCCAAAGCGGCACAUCUGGACAUAAACCGCGGAACAGCUGUGUGAAUAAACAAAACAAACAAAUAUGCAAUAAAAUACAAACAUUUCAACGUACAAACUAAUAAGUAUAAAUGCUGUAUAGAUGCUGUACAGGUAUAAGCUACUGAGCUCAGCAACUCUUCCUCUGAAUGUGUAUAAAUGUGAUUUUUAUUGGAGAAACAAAAAUCCUGCCCCUGACCUUCUCACUGAGGGAAAGCACUUGAUAUGUUAGAUUGUUUUUUUUUUUUAAUUGGUUGAAUUUUUGCUUGUAAUCAGUGUUAUUUUGCCAAUUUAGUCAUAAUUUUAAUUGACUUCCUGCCACUUAUAAGAGAAUAAACCUUUUUUAAUCAUUUAACAUGUAAAUAUAUGAUUACACUUGACCACUAGAGGGCGCAUUCAUCCCGACACUGUAGAUAUUCCUGCUUUCUUUCUGUUUUCUCAAAGAUUUCCAGGAAACUAACCCAUUUCUUCUCCUUUCCGUCCCUUUGUGAAGUUGUUUGCACUCUAACUUUUAAAUCUGUGCAAACUUUAAACGGAGCCCUUUUCACUCCAGCUUCCACUUUUCCAUUUUGUCGCGUAUACUCAGGAGGACGUGUGAUUCGUGUACGUUUAUUUUGUUUAAACACUGAAACGGUGAUUAUUUCUAUGCACUGAACUGUUUUGUCGAGCGAGAGGAAUGUGACGAUGUUCAAUAAAAAGCUAAACACUGA